AUGCUCGGCACCUGUUUGAUCCAGAUUGUUGGGGUCGUCGUCCAGGUCACGAGCACGACGACGGCCCAGUUCAUCGUCGGCCGCCUGCUGGUGUACCUGGCCGUCGGAUUCGUCGAGAACGCCGUGUCCACGUACCAGUCCGAAAUUGCGCCCGGCGCCCUGCGCGGCUUCUUUGUCGGGUCCAUCCAGCUGUGCCUAGCGUUUGGCUCGCUGAUGGCGGGCCUGGUCAACAACGCCAUGGCCUGCCGCAUGGCCUUUGCGUACGCCGCCAUCAAUAACGGCGUCUCCGUCGUCACCGCCCUGUUCGGCAUGGACCUCGUUUAUCUGUGGAUGGCCUUUGCGUUUGCCAGCGCCGUCUAUGUCUGGUUCGUCAUGCCCGAGCUCACGGGCCGCACGCUCGAGGAUAUUGAUCAGCGGUUCCAGUCCAUCAUCGCCUCCUGGCGCUUUGCCGCCUUUGAGACGACCGGCCUGACCCACGCCGUCGCCGCCAUUGAGCAGGGCCUCGCGCCGAGCAAGCUGGCCGGAGACUUUGAUCUGGCCCAGGCGACCAGUGUCGCGCAGACGGGCCAAAUGGCCGAGGAGGGCUCGGAGGGCUCGGAGGGUACGGAGGGCACGCCUGCUGCUCCUGCGCCGACUGCGAAAGGACGAAAGGACGAGAUAUAA